GUGAGUUGCUGCAUCUUCCCAGGUUUUCUUGAGUCUAAUCAAUCCCAGAUUUAAAGAACUGGCGAUCCCGGGCACGCAGUGGCCCUCCCCGCGCCCGCGCCGCCAGCCUCCGCGGGCCGGACUCCUGCGGCCGCACCCCGGCCGCCGCACCGUCCCCGCGGCCGCCGCGCAGCUUCUUCCGGCCCCGGACUCCCUCGGCUCUUCUCGGCUCGCCGCCGCCGCGUUCGCUCGGCCUUCGGCUGUUUCCGGAGCCGCCGGCGGCUGGCGGUGGAGACGCUCCGGGUGCGGGCUGCAGAUGUCGAACCCGCAGGCGGCUGAGGGGCCGGGCUUCUGGAGCCCCGCAGCCCGCCGAGGGUCGGCGGGCGGCGUCGGGGACGGCCGGGGAGUGGAGGGGCGCCAGGCGGCCGCCGCAGAUAAUGAAGAUCUAGAAAACACCAAGGCCACCUCUGAUUCAGCACCCCAUCCCUCGCCCCACAGGCCACAGAUGGUACCUCCAGUGAGUAAGGAUGCCACAGAAGAUCUGCAGGAAGCAACCAAUCCCGCAGAGGCUCCAGCUUUGGUGGAACAGCAUUUGCUGCCUGCAGACCAGACCCAAGUCCGCAACGAGAUGGCCAAGUACCAAGUUCCACAAAGGUCUGGAGACAUCGUUAUGAUCCAGUCUGAGCAUACGGGAGCUAUCGAUAUUCUUUCAGCUGAUUUGGAAUCUGCAGAUCUUCUGGGGGACCACAGGAAAGUUUCUCCACCUCUGAUGGCUCCUCCAUGCAUCUGGACCUUUGCCAAGGUGAAGGAAUUCAAAAGCAAGCUGGGCAAAGAGAAGAACAGCCGUCUGGUGGUGAAGCGGGGUGAGGUGGUGACCAUCCGGGUACCCACCCAUCCAGAGGGGAAGCGUGUCUGCUGGGAGUUUGCAACUGAUGACUAUGACAUUGGCUUUGGAGUGUAUUUUGACUGGACCCCUGUAACCAGCACUGACAUAACUGUGCAGGUCAGUGAUUCCAGUGAGGAUGAGGAUGAAGAAGAGGAAGAGGAGGAAGAGAUUGAAGAACCCGUCCCAGUAGGAGAUGUGGAGAGAGGCUCCAGGAGCUCCCUACGGGGUCGCUAUGGGGAAGUCAUGCCUGUGUACCGGCGGGACAGCCACCGAGAUGUGCAGGCUGGCAGCCAUGACUACCCUGGUGAGGGUAUCUACCUGCUCAAGUUUGACAACUCCUACUCUCUGCUACGCAACAAGACCCUCUACUUCCACAUCUACUACACUAGCUGAAGGACUGCUGGGACAGCGGGCAGGCUGUAUUUGCUGGCUGACGCAGGCUGCCAGCUGGAGCCUCUUGUUUUAGACAGACAAGAGCUGAAAGUUCCAUGGGAGGCUUCUGAGCCUCACGUCCUGCCUGGCAUGCCUGAUUGUUUAACCCGCGUAGCUUUUUCCCCUUCUUGGCUUCUGCAGGUGGUGGUGUAGUCCCCUGUUCUGUGGUCCCUGACUCAUGCUCUUGUUGCUUCAGACUCCAGCAAACUCCCUCUUUGAAGGCACUUAUCAGGCAAAAGCCUAAAAGGAAGUAGGAUGUUGUCUUUUAAAAAUAGAUUUGUGUUGGUACAAGGUUCAUCAGUCAGGUUGCUGCUUGCUCCUCUCUAGAGCCUGUAAUGCCAAUGUGUUCAGUGGCACCCACCCUCUUUACUUUUGAAGGUGCCAGAAGAGGGAAAAGCACAUUGCCUGUGAAGGAGCCCAAUGUCUUGGACAGAGAAAGCUCUGUCCAGCCUCUCACCACUGCCAUAUUCCUGCCUGCUGGGUAUUCUUGGUCUCUAGCACAGGCUGAGACCUCACUGCCUUGGAGGGGUACUAUUAUUUCUGAUGGUUAGACUCCUCCUUUUUUCUCUUUUCCUAAGUCUGUGUUUUUGCCAUAUAGCAAGAACUUUGAUGCAAUCUAGUGAUGGAUCAGUGUAACCUAAGAUCUUCUGGGAGGAAAAACGGGCUCUAUCACUUCCUGUUCCAAGAGCUAGUUUCCCUUACCAAGGGCACUGGCAGUUGAUGCAGAAAGAGUGGAAAUUAGGUACUGAAUUGAUCUUAGAAUGCACCUUUGAAAUUCUAGUGUUACUCAAUUUUUAAAAAAAAUUUAAUCCAAGAAAGAGGGGUAUCAUCAGAGAGAGGUUUAUAAAAAAGAAAAAAGGAAAAACACUCCAGAUUCCCCCACCACUUUUUUUUUUUUUUUUUUUUUUAAAUAAAUUUUGGUUUGGAACCAAAUACAGUGAAACCCAAUCAGGUUUCCAAAGUUUCUGGAUUUAGGUUUUUUGUAUUGAGGGCUAAAAGCUUUUGGUGUUCGAAGUCCCUUAGGAAAGGGAUGCUGCUGAUUGUACGUGUUCUUUACCUGACCAAAGCUUGCAUUUCCCUGGUGACAGCCUUCUUCGCUCUGUCUACCUGAGGCCUAUGAGUGCCACAGAGUGCGGAUGUGCUGCAGCAGGUAGCCCCCAGGUGCCAGGGCCUCUGGGGAAGGAGAGCCGGGUGAGGCCUGGACUCCAGCAGUCAUCUGUUCCUCCUUGUUUCUUGUUCCUGUGUUAAGUCUUUGAAUUUUGGAUAAUCAGAUUUAUUUAUUUAUUUAUUUUUUUAGCACAUUUCAUUUUUGCCUUUGAAACAGUUUCAUCUGUUUCUCAGAAGGCUUCCCAUCUGCUCUGAGCCACUGAGGCCACCUCUUCUAUAGAGUUGAAGAUGAUUGUAGGAGAAUUUGGGAAGUGACUAUGUUCAUUCCUACAGCUCAGUCCUGGGAUGCUCUGGGAGGAGUCUGCUCCUUCAGGAUGGAUGACUUUAGCCUGCCCCAUGUGUAGGUGCAGACCAGCACUCCCAUCAGGAAUUGUAAGUGGCGAGAGAGCCUACUCAUUCUCUGGGAAUUGAGUGCAGAGGAAUUGACUAGCAAUCAGUGACUAGCCAAUCACUGUGAUUCCAGGAUUUCAAAGUCCCUUGCCUCCUCUGACACCUUUUCAUGAUGUUUUCUUUGGCUCAUUCCUUUGUUGGGUGGGUGACUCACACCAAGCCUCUCCUCCCUAUAGGAGUGACCACUUGAACAGCAAGACUCCUCCCAAUAGGUAACAGCAUCGAUGUCAGGAACAAAGGGCCAUGCAACCUGCGUGGGUCCUAAGCCUCUGUUCCCCUGGGAGCAAAGCCCAAAGUAGGAUAGGGUGUUGUGGAUUACCAUGGCAUUCCCAUUCUCUGAGCGGCACCAUACCUCCGUUCAUGUUAUCAUUGCAAAUGUGUUUUGUAGAGGAUCACACUGGCCAAAAUUUAUAUACCUUGCAAGAAAUUAUUUUAGUGAUUGUUUGGGCAGUGAAAAGCAAACAUGUCAUGGGUACUCUUUCACCAUGGAAGUUGAAUCAUGCCUUAGCUAAUCAAAUACAGUCUUUGUAAAAUAAUUUUCUACUGAGCUAUUUUCCAGUCAUUGAAAGCCUUGCUUAUUUUUCCUGUUUAUUAUCAGCUUCCGACUAUCUCAAAAUGGAGCUGUCGGCCACCAGUAGCAAGCUCCCACAGAAAACACACAUCAUUUAUUUUUUAUUUUUGUCAUGAGAUUCUCUUUGCUUAUUUUUCUUUGGAAUCCUGGUUCUGUUGUAUCAGGGAACCCUGAGAGACUUGUUCUCAUCACCUCUAUGUGCCUGCUAUUGUAUGGUCACUUUUGAAGUCCUGGGCAUUGUUAUAUUUAGUUCCUUACUGUUUUUUCCUCAACAAGGUUUCUUGGUUUCAUUAGCACAAAAUAGCUAAAAGGAGAUACUUUCACAGUCUAAUACAUUCACUCUUCUCAUAUUAAAUUUCUGAAGUAACUGAACUUUUGAGACAAAUUACCAGCACUGAAGCACAGGUAAUUACUGAGAACUCAUGGCUCAGCAAAUUCUAAAAGGUGGUGACUUCCUAGGCCUUCCUUGUCCAAGUUUGCAGAACUAAACAGUGAGAUGAAAAUCCCUUGCUCUCACUCUCACUCUGUUCUCCAGAGCACAAGUAAAAUAUUAAUGGUUAGAAAGAAAGUAUGUAGGGCGGAGAUUGGAAUUCUCCACAGAGUAGUUAAGUUCUUAAAUUUCUUCAGUCUGUGUAGUUUUCCUACUUUGUUGAUAGGUGGGACUUUGGGAAGAUAUAUUUAAAGUUAUUUUUUCCAACAUUUACUAUGAAAACUUUCAACAAACAGAAAAAGUAAGUAUAAACACACACAUCCCAUGUAGACUUUAAAAUCAUAAAAUGCUAAUUUUUAAAUAAAGAUGAUUCUAACUUUCUGUUCUUUUGACAAGUGUCCAGUUAGAGAAUGUUCUCUGUACAGACAGCACCAGCUGUCCUGUGUCAGGAGUGCCCCUGGUUUUUAGCAGACCUGUUUCAUUCAACAUGGGUUACCUAGAUGUGGCCUUCACAAAAAUGGUUCUUCUUCAUCUUUCAAAACUCUUUCUACCUUCAGGCUAUGAUUUCUGCUUCUUUCCCUCUAACUGGCAUUUCAGUGAGGGUAAUUGUGAGGCUGCCCUGGAAAGACUUGAUUCUAAUCUCUGUUGCUUUAUGACACACCCUCAGGACUCUGAAAUUCCCAAACUCAAUCCUCCUUUACCACAGAAGUAGGGAGCAACUUGAAAUUAGACUAUGCUUAUUUGUUUUUUUAAUUAAUUGAUUUAUGUACUUUAAAAAAUAUUUUAAUCUGUUAUUUAGGAAAGCAAAAUGGACUUUUAAAAAAGUAUAUAUUAUUUCAUUUUAGUAGGGACAUGGAAGAGCUAAAUUGAUAAGCUUGCUGUCUUUUAUUAAUCAAUAGGAUUAGAUACUGUGAAAUUUACAAUAUAUAAGUUUUGUAUUUGAGGUGCCCCACCUAGUCCAUCUUUGAGAGAAUUAGGUGAAACCCAAACCCUAAAGUUUGUAGUUUUACAUUUAUUUUUAAAGACCACUUCUCUGCAAAAAGUUGCCUUUAACCUCAAAGCCUGUGGUUUUAAGGCCUGGAGCUGAGGGACUCCGGAUUCACUAAAGGACUAGUUCUAGUGGAGGGUGGGAGCGGGCGAACUUUGGUGCUGCCUUUUAAAUUCACAAGGAGUGGAAAUAGGAUCAGACCGCAGGGAGAGCAAAGCUGUGGAAUACAUCCUGGGGGCUUGCUCCUAUCCUGAUUUCAUUUAAUGUUUGAGUCUACAUUUCAUUCUCUAAGCCAGGAGCUUUCCUGGUUUCCAUGUGCUUGCGGGGGAAUUCCCAAGCCCAUUUUGCUCUCUUUUCCAGUAGGACAAACUGGUAGGUCUCCUCUGCUAAGUGUAAUCCUGACAUGAGGAUUGCUUUCAUCUCUCUGUUCUCUGGGAUUUAAAAGUGUUUUGUGCCAUGCAAAAAAACAGUGGCAUUAGAGAGAGGCUGAGAGGAGUCAGUUCCAGAUGUGGUACUAUCACCACAGUGGCCUUAAUAUGGCCAAGAAGAGGGUGAGAGAGGUUCAUUUUGAUCAACUUCACAGAUGAGCCUAAAACUAUAGGAGCGGGGCUGGGUAACACACAGUCCCCAUAGGUUGACUGCACGGGCAUCGUUAACCUGUGUGGGAUGUCAGACACGGCACUGAGCGCAGCAGACCACUCACCUUCCUCCCUGACUAGACCUUCUACUUGAGAGUUCUUCCUGGGGCCAAGAGAUCCACAGCAACCUCUUUAACUAGCUCCUUUCCACAUGGCCCAAAGUGAAGAAUACCUAGAAACCAAAAUCUGCUGGAACAGGGAAGCAUCCCACCCCUGCAGAGCAAAGGUGGCUGAAGACAGAGUGAGCCUGUCUGGUGGAAGGAAGGAAGGUAAAUCCACUACUGUUGGAAGAGGUAGGCUUGGGAGGGCUGGGGUCGUGGCUCAGUGGCAGAGCGCUUGCCUAGCAUGUGUGAGGCACUGGGUUUGAUUCUCAGCACCACAUAAAAAUAAAUGAAUAAAAUAAAGGUCUAUCAACAUGUGAAAAAUACUAAAAAAAAAAAGUGGGGGGCGGUAAGCUUGUGAAGCCUGGUUGACAGAGCACAAGUCCUCGUAUUCAUUGUGAUUGUGCUCAGGGUGCCUCCACAUGUGCCCCUUUGGGAAUGAGCAUUGAGAAUCAGUCACAAGCUACCAUUACGACCGUGGUGCACGCCUGUAAUCCCAAGAGGAUUGCAAAUUUGAGACCAACCUCAGUAAUUUAGUGAGACCCUAUCUCAAAAUAAAACAUAAAAAAGAGCUGGGCAUAGGCAACCUUGAGUUCAAUCCCUG